AAUAUGAAAUUAAGAAGGAUGGUAUACUGAUAACAGGAUCUGGAAAGUUACGAUGUUCAGCUAUCUGUCAUUUACUGAUACAGAAAUCAUCAGAAGAUUGGAAAAGUAUUAUAAAAAAUGCUUUAUAUAAAAUAAACAAAACUAAGUUUGAAUCAAUCUCAAUACCAGCUAUUGGAACAGGUGGGUUAAAAGUGCCCCCUCAAAUAUCAGCCGAAUUUAUAAUGAGUGCUCUCAAAUCCUAUGGUGAGAAUGUUAGAAAUCCAAACUUAAAAAAGGUUAGGAUAGUUAUUUAUCAGAAAGAGCAUGUGCCAGAAUUUCUCAAAGUGUUUGAUGCUGGUUACAAAACACACCAUGCUG